AUGUACACCAAAGCAAUUUUGCCCGCACUUUUCCUGGCUGGCCAGGUAGUAGCUCUUCCCGCUACUACAAUUACGCUCCACAGCACUAUAACCAGCACCAUAAUCGUGCCUGCUGUUACUGACGCUGCUGGCUCUAACCCUUCCAACGCUGCUACUCCAGCUGUCUUCUCACCUUCAGCUGAGAACCCCUUUCUGACUACUCUUUCUAGUUUCAGCGAUGCUUCGCCUUUUGGUGCAGCUCAGGUUAUCGUCACGGUUACUGAGACCCAAGGCCUACCUUACCCGGUGCUCAUCACUGUGACUGAUUAUCAUUGUCCUCAUCGAACUGCUGAAGUUGAAUCGAGCACUUCUGCCUCUUCAGAAAGGACCUCGGCAACUGUCUCGAGUACUGCUGCUCCUGCAUCUUCGAGUGCGAUGCCGUCUUCUGAGCCAAAGUCCUCCCCUGCUCCUGCAACCACUACAAAGGCUUGUGUUUUUCCUGUUCCAGGAAAGUGUGACGACUAA